CUGCUGCUGCGGCUGCCCGGGUGAUGGGGAAGGCUCGCCGGCGCGGGGGACGAAGCCCCAUGGCUCGGACUCCCUCUGCCAACACGUAGCGGGGCCCCCGCGCUGUCAGCAGGUAGAGAAAAUGGAAGGCAACAGCCAACUUUGCAUUCAACGUUGGUCUACGAGGCACGUAGCCAAAUGGUUGAAGGAAGAAGGCUUUUGUGAGUAUGUGGACGUUUUGUGUGAUAAACACAGACUGGAUGGGAUGACACUAUUGACCCUGACUGAAUAUGACUUGAGAUCUCCACCUCUGGAAAUCAAGAUUCUAGGUGAUAUCAAAAGGCUCAUGUUGUCAAUACGGAAAUUACAAAAGCAUCAUAUUGAAGCUUUGGAAGAGCUCGGUUAUAACAGUGACAGUCCCAUUGGUUCACUGUCACCUGGGAUCGGCUCUCUGCAAGGAACAAACUGGUUUUGUAACGGUGAAGUGCAACGGGAUUGUGAUGACUGCGAGCCUGUUGCUGACUUGAAUGCUGAGCAGUAUCAGUAUGCAAAUGGGAAAAACAAGCAUUCUAUGCGAAGACUGAACCCAGAGUACUGGAAGACGGCUUUGAGUUGUAUAUAUGUUUUCAUUGUGUUUGGCUUCACAUCAUUUGUCAUGGUCAUUGUGCAUGAGCGAGUCCCCGACAUGCAGACAUAUCCACCGCUGCCAGACAUAUUUCUAGACAGUGUUCCUAGGAUACCAUGGGCUUUUGCCAUGACAGAAGUGUGUGGAGUCAUUCUCUGCUAUAUCUGGUUGCUUGUUCUCCUCCUUCACAAACACAGAUCUAUCCUUUUACGACGGUUAUGCAGUCUUAUGGGUACUGUGUUCUUAUUGCGUUGUAUUACAAUGUUCGUGACCUCACUAUCUGUGCCAGGUCAACAUUUGCAAUGUUCUGGAAAGUUGUAUGGCAAUGUAUGGGCAAAACUUCAGCGAGCCUUUGCCAUUUGGAGUGGGUUUGGCAUGACGCUAACAGGAGUGCAUACCUGCGGAGACUACAUGUUCAGCGGCCAUACUGUUGUCUUGACUAUGCUAAACUUCUUUGUCACUGAAUAUACACCAAGAAGCUGGAACUUCUUGCACACUUUGUCCUGGGUGCUGAAUCUCUUUGGAAUCUUCUUCAUUUUGGCUGCACAUGAACAUUACUCCAUUGAUGUCUUCAUUGCCUUCUAUAUCACCACAAGACUAUUUUUGUACUAUCACACACUGGCUAAUACAAGAGCCUAUCAACAAAGCAGGAGGGCCAGGAUUUGGUUCCCCAUGUUCUCUUUUUUUGAAUGCAAUGUAAAUGGUACAGUUCCAAAUGAGUAUUGCUGGCCCUUCUCAAAACCAACGAUAAUGAAAAGAUUAAUUGGCUAAACAGUUUUAAUUCACGUCUGUGUGAAGUAUUUGUGACUAACUUUCUUCAAGAACGGCUGGAUGAAAACAGUUUCUUUUUACCUUUGUGACCUUCCUUGGCCUUGUUUGUUCUCUCUCAGCCACAAGGCUAAGAGAUGCACCAGUCACCCUUCCUUAAAUAUGUAGGCAAAGUUGUAAGGAAGUUCUGCAUAAAAGUGGUAAAGUUAUAAUUUGCUCAUUUGGAAGGCUUCAAAUUGUCCUUUGCUGACUUUGGAUCUAGAUGACAUCAAGUAUUACCUAGUUAGUUAUUGUGUCUCCAACAAAUACUAACACAAGUGUCAUACUUCUAAAAUAAAUGUCAAAUGGGAAUAAGGUGUGUGUGAGGACGGAAACAGUCACCUGAUGAAAACAGCCUGAAAGCCUUUAGUAUGAGAAAUACAUGCUGUGUGUGAUGGCACGAGAGGGACAGAGUAACAAAAUAACAACCAUGAAUAGGGCUUAAUUGACUUUAGAAUAAAGGAUAUCAAGCUGUUCUACCAUCCACAGGGUUUUCCUUGUUUACAUUUAAAUAAAUGGUAAGAAAUAAAUAUUUUAUCUCUUGAAGUGAGGUUGUUCUAGUUUUCGUGCCACAACUCUUUCAACAUAGUAUUAAACACUUAAAUCUGUGCAUGCUUUUAAAAUGCUGUUCUUAGAAAAAUAAUACCAUUAAAUUCGGUCAAUAGGAGGCAAUGUCUCAUUGAACAAAAGAAAGAUGUGACGUUUUUAUUUUUUUAUUAUUUUGUUGAAGCAACUGGCAAGGCAUUGGACAAUAGUUUUUUUGGAAAUAUUGUUAAUAAUAAUCUGUGUUCUCCCCUUUCACUACAAUAAUCUGA